AUGCUUGGCAUUCUGGAGAAGCUGAGCCCACAGGAUCUUGCCGCACUCGGCGUGCUGGCCCUUGCCCUUGUGACAUGCCUAGUUUGUUUUCCUUGCUACUUGGCUUUCGUCGCAUUGACCGGCUGUGGUCCCGCCAGGGUGCAAAGUGUUUGCUCGUACAUCCUGCGCUUGGCAAAGCGAAGGUCGAAGUUCAACUAUCACAAGAUUGACAAUCAUUUGUAUCUUGGGAGCUUGCCUAGGACAAUGGAAGACUUGGAGGAAUUGAAGUCCCUCGGGGUAGGAGCCAUGGUCACUCUGAAUGAGGCUUGGGAGAUGGAGCUCUCCAAUAAAUUCGUGAGGGAUAGCUGCGGCAUUGAGCACUUGCACUUGCCAACCCCAGACUUCUUUGCGCCCAAGCAGGAGGAUAUCGAGGCUGCGGUCCACUUCAUCACGGCCCACGUCCGAAAAGGAAUCGGUGUCUACGUCCACUGCAAUGGUGGAAAGGGCCGCAGUGCGGUUUGUGUGAUUUGCUUUCUGGCAAGCUUCAUGGACCUGAGCCCCGAAUUGGCCUAUGACCGGGUGAUCUCCAAGCGUCGCAUCAUGGGGGUCUUCCCAGAACUGGUGGCCUUCGCUGGCUGGAAAUCCAGCAGAGAUCGGAUGUUGGAGAAGAUCGAGGGAACCUAA